GUUUGAAUCAGAAACGAGCCGGCAUCACUUUUCGGUCAAGCGAGCCCUGCAACUUGAACCGUCCGAACCCUACCCGCCUUUGACUGCAGACUGAGAAACACCGACCCAUCAAUCUCAGCUCCCACACCCCCCGCCAGCCAGCCCAACAUGGUGGUCGACUCGCGCCUGUUCCAACCACUGAAAGUGGGCAGCAUGAAGCUGCAGCACCGAAUUGCCAUGGCGCCGCUGACCCGCUUCCGCGCCUCGGACGAGCACGUACCGCUGCCGCUCAUGGUUGAGUACUACGGUCAGCGGGCCUCAGUCCCUGGCACGCUGCUCGUGUCCGAGGCGACCUUCAUCUCGGCGUCGGCCGGUGGCUACGCCAACGUGCCCGGCAUCUACAACGACGCGCAGGUCGCCGCCUGGCGGCCCGUCACCGACGCCGUGCACGCCCGCGGCAGCUACAUCUUUUGCCAGCUGUGGGCCCUGGGCCGCGCCGCGGAUCCCAAGGUGGCCGCGAGCGAGGGGUUCCGCAUCCGGAGCUCGAGCGCUGUGCCCAUGGAGGAGGGCGGCGUCGUGCCCGAGGAGCUGACGGUGGACGAGAUCAAGGAGUUUGUGCAGGAAUAUGCGACGGCCGCCAGGAACGCGAUCCGCGCGGGCUUUGACGGCGUCGAGAUCCAUGGCGCCAAUGGCUACUUGAUUGACCAGUUCAUCCAGGACACGUGCAACCGGCGGAUGGACGAGUAUGGCGGGAGCAUUGAGAAGCGGUCGCGGUUUGCGGUCGAGGUGGUGCGGGCCGUGGCGGAGGCUGUCGGCCCGGAGAGGACUGGCAUCAGGCUCAGCCCGUGGAGCACGUUCCAGGGCAUGCGCAUGGAGGAUCCGGUUCCGCAGUUCCAGGACGUGAUUCGCAAGAUCUCUAGUGUUGGGCUGGCCUAUCUGCAUCUUGUCCAGGGUCGGAUCGCUGGGAAUGCCGAUGUCGCUGCUAGCACCGAAGAGAGAUUGGAUUUCGCCCUUGACUUGUGGGACGGGCCGGUCCUGAUCGCGGGAGGGUUGACAGCUGAGACGGCAAGGCGUCUGGUCGACGAGGAAUACAAAGACAAAGACGUCGUCGCGGUUUUUGGGAGGUAUUUCAUAUCGACACCCGACUUGCCGUUCAGAGUCCGUGAGGGUAUCGACUUGAACCCCUAUGACAGGCUCAUGUUUUAUCUUCCCAAGUCACCUGUUGGCUAUAUAGAUCAGCCGUUUAGCAAGGAGUUUGAGAGGCUGCAUGGUGGACAGUUGAGAACUAGAAUUUGAUAUACCCAGUGAUCAUUACUAGUAAGAUAAUGAACUGGACCAGUAUUGCAG